CUUCUCUCUUUCCACCAUUUCCAUUUCAGAGAGAAGAGAAAGUAAAUAAAAAAAAAAAAAGAGAGGAGGAAGGAAAGGAAAGGAUCUCUCUCUUUGUACGGCUCCUCCAUCCUCUUCAACCUCUUUCUCUCUCUAGCUCUAUAUCUCUCUCUCUAUAUAUACUGGUGUUUACGGUCGAGACGAGAGUAGUGUUGCGUGUUUUAGAUUUUUGGAUUGGUGAUCUUUUGUUGAGGGUUUGGGGAUCUUGUGAAAUUAGGGUUUCUCGAUAUGGCUUCCAAGCGGAUCUUGAAGGAGCUCAAGGAUUUGCAGAAGGAUCCUCCUACUUCUUGCAGUGCCGGCCCUGUUGCCGAAGAUAUGUUUCACUGGCAAGCAACAAUAAUGGGUCCUCCAGACAGUCCUUAUGCAGGGGGUGUUUUCCUAGUUACUAUCCACUUUCCUCCAGACUACCCAUUUAAGCCCCCCAAGGUUGCAUUCAGAACAAAGGUGUUUCACCCAAAUAUAAACAGCAAUGGGAGCAUUUGCCUUGACAUCUUGAAGGAGCAGUGGAGCCCUGCCCUUACCAUUUCCAAGGUGUUGCUUUCAAUCUGUUCUUUGCUGACGGACCCAAAUCCUGAUGAUCCUUUGGUGCCUGAGAUUGCUCACAUGUAUAAGACAGACAGGAACAAAUAUGAAACAACUGCUAGGAGCUGGACCCAGAAGUAUGCCAUGGGCUAAACAAGCUUUGGUAUGUGAGGGGAGGGCACCCUUGUUUUCUCUGUAUUUUUCAGCCUAUGUAUCAAUGUUUGUUGUAUCCUCUACCCCAAAAUGAACCAAAGAAGAGGUUCAUAACAUUUCUCAGUUAAAGAUGAAAGAAAACACAAACACAUGUUUGAUGUCUUGUUGUAUGGAUAAUUGGAUCUUUAGCACAAUGAAAUGUGUCUGUAUUAACCUUGUUUCCAUAA